AUGGUACGGGCGUUGCAAAUUCUUGCAACGCUGCUACUUGCUCUUCAUCUCAAUUUUGCAGAUCCUGAAUAUCACCCACCAUCUCCGCCACUACCACAUCAUCCAAAUCAUUAUCCUUUUCCAGGUCCUGAACCAUGUGAUGGUCUACCAGAUUGGCCAAAGGAAUGGCCACGGUAUUUCCCAAAUGGUUGGCCAGAUGACUGGCCUUUCGAUAUACCACCUGGCGGGUUGCCACACGGCUGGCCUCAUGAUUUUCCAAAUGGUUUGCCACAUGACUGGCCGAAUAAAUUCCCACAUGGCUGGCUACCACAUGAUUUACCGCAUGGAUGGCCUCAUGACUGGCCCACUAAUUGGCCUGACAAUUGGCGGGAAUUUUGGCCUGACUCUUGGCCUAAUUACUGGGAUGAUUGUGACUACCCAUAUCCUGGAUAUCCUCAUGGACCAUUCCCAGGUCCGCCGCUAGAACAUUAUCCACCAUCCCUACAUCCACCGUAUAAUCAUUUUCCAGUUCCUGAACCAUGUGAUGGUCUACCAGAUUGGCCAAACGAAUGGCCGCGGUAUUUCCCAAAUGGUUGGCCAGAUGAUUGGCCUUUCGAUAUACCACCUGGCGGCUUGCCACACGAUUGGCCUCAUGAUUUUCCACAUGGCUUGCCACAUGACUGGCCGAAUAAAUUCCCACAUGGUUGGCUCCCACAUGAUUUACCGCACGGAUGGCCCCAUGCCUGGCCCACUAAUUGGCCUGACAAUUGGCGUGACUUUUGGCCUGACUCUUGGCCUAAUUACUGGGAUGAUUGUGACUACCCAUAUCCUGGAUAUCCUCAUGGACCAUUCCCAGGUCCACCGCUAGCACAUUAUCCACCAUCCCUACAUCCACCGUAUAAUCAUUUUCCAGUUCCUGAACCAUGUGAUGGUCUACCAGAUUGGCCAAACGAAUGGCCACGGUAUUUCCCAAAUGGUUGGCCAGAUGAUUGGCCUUUUGAUAUACCACCUGGCGGCUUGCCACACGACUGGCAUCAUAAUUUUCCAAAUGGUUUGCCACAUGACUGGCCUAAUAAAUUCCCACAUGGCUGGCUCCCACAUGAUUUACCGCACGGAUGGCCUCAUGCCUGGCCCACUAAUUGGCCUGACAAUUGGCGGGAAUUUUGGCCUGACUCUUGGCCUAAUUACUGGGAUGAUUGUGACUACCCAUAUCCUGGAUAUCCUCAUGGACCAUUUCCAGGUCCGCCACUAGCACAUCAUCCACCAUCACCACAUCCACCUUUUAAUUAUUUUCCAGGUCUUGAACCAUGUGAUGGUCUACCAGAUUGGCCAAAUGAAUGGCCCCUUUAUUUCCCAAACGGUUGGCCAGAUGAUUGGCCCUGCGAUUUACCACGUGGCUUGCCACACGACUGGCCUCAUGAUUUUCCACAUGGUUUGCCAAAUGACUGGCCUAAUAAAUUCCCACAUGGUUGGCUUCCACAUGAUUUACCGCACGGAUGGCCUCAUGCCUGGCCCACUAAUUGGCCUGACAAUUGGCGUGAGUUUUGGCCUGACUCUUGGCCUAAUUACUGGGAUGAUUGUGACCACUCAUAUCCUGGAUAUCCUCAUGGACCAUUCCCUGGUCCACCGCUAGCAUAUCAUCCUCCAUCCCCACAUCCACCGUAUAAUCAUUUUCCAGUUUCUGAACCAUGUGAUGGCCUACCAGAUUGGCCAAAGGAAUGGCCGCGUUAUUUCCCAAAUGGUUGGCCAGAUGAUUGGCCUUUCAAUAUACCACCUGGCGGCUUGUCACACGACUGGCCUCAUGAUUUUCCAAAUGGUUUGCCACAUGACUGGCCUAAUAAGUUCCCACAUGGCUUUCCUCCACAUGAUAUACCAAAUGGAUGGCCCCAUGCCUGGCCAUUUAAUUGGCCUGAAAAUUGGCGGGAAUUUUGGCCGGACUCCUGGCCUGACUAUUGGGAUAAUUGUGACCACUCAUAUCCUGAAUAUCCUCAUGGACCAUUCCCAGGUCCACCACUAGUACCUCAUCCACCCUAUAAUCAUUUUCCAGUUCCUGAACUAUGUGAUGGUCUACCAGACUGGCCAAAUGAAUGGCCUCGGUAUUUCCCAAACGGUUGGCCAGACGAUUGGCCUUGCGAUUCACCACGUGAUUUGCCACACGGCUGGAUUCAUGAUUUUCCACACGGUUUGCCGCAUGACUGGCCUAAUACAUUUCCACAUGGCUGGCUUCCACAUGACUUACCGCACGGAUGGUCUAAUGCUUGGCCCUAUGAUUGGCCUGAAAAUUGGAGAGAUUUCUGGCCUGAUUCCUGGCCUAACUACUGGGAUGAUUGUGACUACCCCUAUCCUGGAUAUCGUAAAGGACCAUUGUCUUCUUUACUUUUACCACAUCUACCAUCUCAUUAUCCCCUUCCACCGCUUGAGUCAUGUGAGACUUCUUCUAUCGUAAUCCCCUAUCCACAUGAUUUACCUCAUGGCUUUCCACAUGCUUGGCCUAACGAAUGGCCCCACCAUUUCCCAAAUGGUUGGCCAGACGAUUGGCCUUGUGAAUUCCCACGUGAUUUCGGUCCUGACUGGCCUCACGAUUUCCCACACGGUUUGCCACAUGACUGGCCCGACAAUUUCCCACACGGUUGGCCUGCUGAUUUACUUCAUGGGUAUCCCAAUGACUGGCCCCGUGAAUGGCCAGAAAAUUGGCACGAUUACUGGCCAGACUGCUGGCCUAACUACUGGGAUGAUUGUGAUCACCACUAUCCCACUGGCUCACUUCCUGCUAUACCUCCACCAGCUGAAAACUGCGACGUAUUUCCAAAAGAAUUUUCAUUUGGAGUAGCUAGCGGUGCCUACCAUAUUGAAGGAGCCUGGAAUCAGGACUACAAAAGUGAAAACAUUUGGGAUCGUUGGCUGCACACAUGGCCAUCUAUAGUUAUGGAAGGUUCAAAUGGUGAUAUUUCUGCUGAUGCAUACAAUCAUAUUAAAGGAGAUAUCGAAUUAUUAAACAACCUGACUGUUAGGCAUUACGUAUUUUCAAUUUCAUGGUCUAGAAUCAUAUACGACGGAUGUGGUGAGGUUAAUCCCUACGGAAUUGAACAUUACCGCACGCUUAUUAAGUUACUUAAACUUAAUCAAAUUGAACCAAUCGUGGUUCUCUACUAUGGCGAUCUACCUCAAUCCCUUGAAGAUCAAGGAGGAUUCCUUUGUUCAUCUUUCGUUGAAUGGUACACUGAAUAUGCAAGAGUUUGUUUUGAACACUUUGGAGAUGAUGUUAAAUAUUGGAUAACUUUCCACAAACCAACAACUAUCUGCAAAGACGGCUACGGUCUAGGAACAUUUGCGCCUGGUAUAAACGAUGGACCUGGAAAUUAUGAAUACAUUUGCGGUCACAACCUCCUUAAAGCCCAUGCUGCUGCCUAUCAUUUAUACGAUGACUACUAUAGAUCAUGUCAAAAUGGAAAGAUAUCAAUUACUCUUAACUCCGAUUGGUAUGAACCUCAAUCUGCUUGUGAUACUGACAUAUGUGCUGCUGAAACCAAACUCCAAUUCCAAAUUGGUUGGUUUGCCCAUCCUAUUUAUAUUGGAGAUUAUCCAGAAGUUAUGAUUGAAAGAAUUCGUCUAAAUUGCGACUACAAUGGUUAUUACAAUGCAAGACUUCCAGUCUUUUCUCACUCAGAAAUCGAAUACAUUAGAGGCACUCAUGACUUCUUCUCUCUUGCCUACGAAUCAGCUUUCUAUGUUACAGCUGCUGCUGACAAUUACUGGGGCAACAUCUGUUAUGAAUCUGAUGUUGGUGUAGAAUUGCUAAGCUGUAAUGGAGAGUUCAUUACUUACGGAAUAAGACCACUUCUUGCAUGGAUCAGCAGAAACUACUACAACCCAUCUGUGUUUAUUACUAAUGACGGAUAUGGCUCAUGUUCCAGAGACUGUUAUGAUUGUGAUAGAAUUGAUUAUAUUAAGGCUAUCCUGAGAAAUGUCAGACUUUCAAUGAUUGAGGACUACACCAGAGUAUAUGGAUACACUUACUACAGUUACAUCGAUGGAUUUGAAUGGAACCUAAUUGAUGGAAGAUUGGCAGGAUACACUUUGAGAUAUGGUUUAUACGAUGUGGAAUUCGACUGCCCUCUGAGGUCACGAACUGCCAGAUCAUCCGCAGCAUACUAUCAACAUCUUGCUUCUACUGGAUGUAUUGACGAUCCCUGUCCAUCUAGGCACUACUAUUACCAUUACUAA